AUGUGGAAACAUCUAUUUUUUUGUUUUUUUAUUCAAUUAAUCUAUCAAAAUACUGGUGAUCCAAUAUAUCCAGUUCAAAAUCCUUGUUUGGCUAUACUCGAUCGUUUGUCUGACGCAUCAUCUGGAUUUCUUAAUUGUGCUGUAAGUCGAGCACGACCAUUUAAAUUAUGUGAAGGCUGUGUUGAUAAUUAUGCACGAUUGCAAGAUCUUAUUGGUUUAUUGGAUAAAACCUAUUCUGAUGUGGAUAGAAAGAUUACAUGUAAAAGAUUUCUUGAAAGUUAUGAUUCAAUACAAAUUGUUGCUCAACUAAUUUCAUUUGUGGAGAACAUUUGGAUGUCAUCAUACUGCGACAACUGUAUUACAGGUUACAAAGACACAAAUGGUACGAUUGAUUACAGUCUAACUGAUGAUACUAAACAAUUUAUUCAGAAAAAAUUAAAUUUUGAUUUUUGUAUAUUUAAUGCUACUGGUCGUAUGGUUCCAAUUAUUCCGAUUGAUCUCAAUGUUACAUUGAAUACGAAUGUAUGUUCUGUAUGUCUAACAACUUACAAUAGUAUCAAUGAAUUCUUCUUAAAAAUAACACAACAAAAUAACAAUGGUGUUUGUAUGGAUAUUGUUGAUACAAUGAACUACACACGAUUACUAUGGAGUAAAAUAUAUGAAUGUAGACGUCAUGAUCCAGAUUAUGUAGCUGUUAUCGGCAUUUCAUUUUUUAUUCCAACUAUUGUUCUAGUCUUUUAUAUCAGUGCAUUAUUUAAAGGUGAACGAAAACAAAUGAAAUUAUCAAGGCAGAAGCGUCUUCCACCUCAUUCCACGACUGCUGCAAUAGUCGGUGCAAGAACAUGGUUGUGGUCCAAUCCGAAUGAAUAG